AUGGCUUUCGACGACAAAUAUCACGACGAAAAAGCGCGUUUGUCGAUUGAAGAUAAUUCUGAGGAUGAGGAAAGCCCCUCGCUCGGACGCAACAUUUCCAGGAAACGUAACAGGCAAGUGCCAUUAUGGGCAUUUGUUACCUCGAUCUUCCUUACCCUCAUACUUGCGGUAGCUCUGUCUUAUACCACCCUGCGCCUUAACAAACAGACGCGAGGCUCAGGCUACGACUUUGAUGGCUAUGUUUGUGCCCCUGAUGAGGCAGAUCCAGAGGAAGCCAUAUCGCGCGGCUGCGCAUUCGACACCUUCACCAUGCAAUGGUAUCCGCGCGAUCGCUACUCCAGGAACGAAUCGGUUGAGCUUAUGAGAAAAUUCACCGACAUGGGUUGGCCGCGCUACUUUGACAAGGAGGGCACUCGCCCCAUACAGGACCUGGAAAGGGCACCAAAGUCCAUCUACAUUCUGAUGAAGGAGCAUUUAUGGCACUGCGGCUACUCCAUCAUGCAAACGCACCUCUGGAUCACCCUAGGCAUGGAUCCUCCUGAAGCAUAUGAACACACAGAGCACUGUGUUAUGAGCCUACUUGAUGUGAUUGAGAAGAAUCCUCCUCCUGGCUUCAACGAUAUAAAGUUCAAUACCAGAACAUCAUUGGAGCCCUCUGAAUAUGGAAAUGUAUGUAUGGUCUGA